AUGUGGAACUCUUCGACUUCCGCUGUUCAAGUAAACGCUGGUACUUCCACAAACGAUCCUAAAUCCGACACAUCUAACGAUACCGGAACAGAAUCCCUUACAUGGAUCUCGUGGUUCUGUGGUCUCCCUGGUCACGAAUACUUUGCCGAAGUCGCUGAAGAUUUCAUUGAGGAUGAUUUUAAUUUAACUGGCUUGAAUUCAAUGGUUCCUUUUUAUAAGGAAGCACUUGAAAUGAUCUUAGAUGUUGAAUCCGAGGAAGAAACUUUAAAAGUGCCAGACGUAUCAAUUGUUGAAACAUCAGCAGAAUUAUUAUAUGGUCUUAUACAUCAGCGUUAUAUUAUUACACGCCAAGGAUUACAGCAAAUGGCAAGUCUAGUGGAUAAAUAUGAGUCUAAGCAUUUUGGCACUUGUCCUAGAUAUUAUUGUCAAUCAUGUCCCGUGAUUCCUUGCGGGCGGAGUGAUAUGCCAGGUUUAGAGACCGUAAAAUUGUUUUGUCCAAAUUGUCUUGAUCUAUACACACCGCCUAGUUCAAGAUUUCAUAGCGUUGAUGGAGCUUUCUUUGGUACAACCUUUCCUCACCUUCUCUUUCAGCAGUAUCCAGAUCUGCUUCAAAAUACACCAACAGAAAUUUAUGAGCCAAAGAUCUUUGGAUUCAAAGUCAAUGAAAAAAGUCGUAGCGGUCCUAGAAUGCAAUGGUUAAGGAUACGACCAAUUGUAACAGAAAGAGAAGUUGAAAGUCAUGAACAAUCAGAAGGUGGUGGAGAGAAUGAUGGCGAAGAUGAUGGAUCCUUAUUGAUAUCAAAUGCCCAGGCUGGGAUACAAAUAACGAACUAUUUCAUCAAAGAUGCAGCAAUCUUUGAAAAAUUAACAUUGAUCGAUGAUGAUAAUAGCGAUAAUGAUAAAACUCGAUAUUUUUCGAUAAUGGAUCAAAUAUAA